UUUCCUAUCGAUACAAUUAUAAACACGUCGUUGUUAUUAGUGCACUUGGGUUGGAGCUAAAAACACGCGGACGCCCUGGAAUAUUGUUUCCUCGUCCGAGACGCGCCCCGGGACGAAACGUCCGGCCCUGGCCCCCGGGUAACAUAAAUAACACGUAGUAGAUUAUAAUAUGGUAUUUAUAUUUACUCGGUAAACGACGAAUAUUCGACGAACGAUAUUUUGACGGUAAAUAUUGCCGGAGCCGCCGUGGCCGCCGCGAUUGUUUUCCCAGUUGCCAUUUCAGCCGCGCCUUCCGUAUGUGAACAUCUGUGCGUGUUGCCGACGACGCGGACGGGGUGACACACUGUCACCCUGCGAUCGAUUCCCGGUCCGCGGACGGGCGAUAGGGGUAGGGUAGGUACCUAUACGGAUAUUGUGCAACGUCGUCCGUCCGGCAACUGCAUCUGUCUCGUCGACCGGACGACGAUUCCCUGUACGGCCGAUUUACCUACCUUAAUGCCGUCCCGCCAAGUGGACGGACCGCGCGAUUACCUUGAAAACCGAUGAUUAAUGUGCACGGUGACGACGGCCAGUGUUCCUCAUCCGCCGCUAGGCCGACGCAACGCGGUGGCGGACGGACGGACGUCUUUGUGUUCGGUGCGCGUCCGAUAGGCCGUAUUCGUAGAUGGGUACACUCGGCAAUGGUGACGACACCUACUAUCGUCCGCUUAGAUCGUACACUUAAAAAUAAUGGUAUAUUUUUAUAUACGAUCCAAGUGUCUGUACGGCGCGCAAUACGCCGUGUUCGUACGCAACGUCCGUCGACGGUGGCGGGGAUGGAUGCGCGCUGCUUUCCUCAAGAUACUAGAUAAUACAACAUAAUACAAUAUAAUAUCGUUGUUGAACAACUCGAUUCUGUUGUUGUUACAAUAAUAAUGUUAAUAAUACAUAAGUAAAAUAAUAUUACGAAGCUACAUACGUACAUACGGUACACACACAAACACACAGACGCGCGUACGACACGUCACUCACGGCCACAGCGAGUGCACGAGUAACGUACGCCCGGAGCCGAACGCAACUACUGCUGUGGUCGUCUGCUGCUAGAAGUCGGACGAGGCAAGAGAGCUGCUGCUUGCUGCUGACGGCCGCUGCUGCUACGGCGGCGGGCCGACGGGAAUUUACCGUCGUCGGCAAGAUCGACGAGGAGUCGGGUGACUACGAGCGAUAACGCUACGUCGCCGUGUUUACGUGAUAAAAAACUGCGGCCGACGAUAAAUCUCUUAUCAGUCGCGUCGUUAUCACCGCCGCCGUCGCAACAACCGUUCGACACUCCGUCCGUCCGUCUGCCGUCGCCGUGCCGCAUCCCGCAUGUCCGCAUCCACGUAUACACACGGCGCGCCGUUUUUUCAACAACCGCAUUAGCUAGUAAGUCGCGCCGCUGGUAUUUAUUUUUUCGCCGCCGCCGCUCGACAUAGGUACGCGGCUGUGUUAUUUACCCUGUCGAGUUCGACGCGCCCGGGCACGCGUAUAGUACGCGACGGCUGCUUUCCGACACGGUUUUCGCGUCUUUCCGCGUAGGCCGCUGCCGUUGUUGCACUAGGUACGUCUACAACUAGAUAAUUAAUUAUUCUGAUCCGCAGCGCGCCGCCUGCCGCUACGCGCCACGAGGUAUACAGCCGGACGACGGCGACAAAAUUACAUCACGCAGAACGUACGCCGCGGCACUCCGUUCCGUCGUUUACGAAAACCGCGACAACGACAACUGUCGUUCUCGAGUCUCGCCCACAAUAUACCGGCAGAUAUUAUGAACACCGACGUUCCAGACGUCGCGACCGCCACAUCGAUCACCGCCGUGGCAGUUGCCAUAUCGACCGCUGUCAAAUAAUCGUAUACUUGCGCCCGAGGUUUGUACCGUCCGCUCGCCGAGUUAUAUUAUAAUUAAUUGCUAAUUACAAGUUAUUACACACUAUGCCCACUUAUAACCGACUUAUCGCCCAUUCACCGUCCUUGUCGAACGGUCCCGCAACUCGAAUAAAACCGUCGUUUCCGAGUUGACACCCCGGAGACGAUAACGUCGCGUGUACCGUAUUUUAAAUGCCGGCCCCGAGAUGUGGUUAUUGUGUCUACGCAGCUGCGAAACGUAAUAUUUCUGAUAUCAUGGAGUGUCACCGUUCGUUCCGUUAUCAGAAUGUCCCGGAUACACUUACUAAAAAACCGGCGGUUAUUCAACACGUUGGUAAUUAUUAAUUAACGAUAUCGACAUGUACAAUUCGACAUGUCCAGUGGCGUAAUUGCAUUAUUAUUAGACAUUAUGCACGUCGGCGGUGAGUUGUAAUAACUCGUCGGCGAGUACGCACGUAGGUUAAUAGGUACGUAUACUUUGGGUGCAUUGGCGAUAACGACACAAAUAAUAACCGGAACAAUCAGUGACGACGACGAACAAUAUUUUACGGCACGCGGCGCGAACACGCACGAAAAAAUUAUGAAAAAAACACAUAUGAUUUCGUUGUUUGAUAUUUCGAUGUGUUACACAAAUAUGAACGCAAAUAAAUCGAAGGUCGGUAAACGAUAUCUGUCUUUUUUAAAUAUUAUUAUCGUCGUAGACAAUACCCAUAUUGUACUUAUAGGCUUAUCCGUUAUAAUCGCAAUCUGUCCAAUUAAUCCAAUUAAUUUUAAUAUUGGUACCUAUCAAAUAUUUCGUAGACAAUUACGGCGUGGAGUUAAACGCGAAUUGCAUUUUUUCCCGGGUGUUUUUGAAUCUUGAGUGUUAUGUUCCAAUCACGAAAUUCGUUUCAUACGUCAAAGAUUUAAAGAAACGAGACUUUUAUUUUUCAAUUUGUAUAGCAUUUUAUUUUAUUUUUUUUUUUCGGUUCCCUAUUAUUAGCACAUAUUUUAUUUUUCAUAAUAAUUUACACGAAUAAAUAAAACUUAAACAAACACUUGGGUUAAAUUCCAUAUAAAAUAAAUAUUUUACAUUAUCAUACAUUUUCUAUUUUCAUUACCUAUUAUAGUUUUGACCUGUGUGGCUGUGUACCAUGGUGGCUGCUCGACGAUCAACCAUUUGGGGCCAUGUAAAUAUAUAAUAUUAAUAUUUAUACAUAAAUUGAUAAAGAUAGAACAUGUCGUUUGCAUUUACGAAUACAUUAAUCUCGAUAAUAUUUUUUUCCAACUUCUCACCUACAACAAUGGCCAUUGACGGAUUUAUGGGGAGGGAGGAUGGUCCAGGAGGUCUGGACCCUCCUCAGACACUCAUAUAAUUUCAAUCAAAUGUCGUCCAAAACAGAGGCAUCUAUUAAAUCUUUAUUUAAUAGAUGAAAAAAACGACAGAAAAUGUCGAAAAUUUGCUACUGACAUUGGCUGCAACCGUGUGCGAGUAUGUCAAUCUUUUUUCCUUUUUUUUUUUUAGAGCAUUUAAAUCCACGCCUCAAUUAUAAAAUUAUAAUAUUUUUAAAAACUUUGUUCUCGUCGAUAAAAUAACACGAAUUUUGAUUUGCAUACGUUUAAAUAGUGAAAGAAAAGAAAAUCUCGCUAAUAUUGAUAAAUACGACAACAUAAAACAACACGGGGACGCGGACGUGAUAAUAAUUUCUAUGAUAAUUUAUUAGGUACCUACGUAAUUAACCGGGUUAUGAAAUAAUAAUUAAACCGGGCUACGAAAAAUAACAUGUACUAGCGACUGGCUGCAGAAAAUUGCAAUAUUUUAGAUUCUGAGCGUAGCGUAUAAUAGUAUGUGUAUGUCCAUUAGGUUUCACUAUAUUUUUUUUUUUGUUUUUACCAGAAAUCUUGCUGUGAUCAUAAAAAUCAGGGGUGGUUUUUUUUGAUAGUAAAUUUUGUUUAUUCGUGUAAUUUGGUUAAAAAUAAUCGUACGAGCCCUGAAUUGCACCGAAUACUUCAAAUUUCCCAUGUGUUCUGGCGAUUUUUGAGCUAUUAUUUUCUAUACAUUUUAAAUUAUUAAAAUUUUUCUUUUUGAUUUUAUGCGUGUCAAGUUAUUUUGGCUGAGCAAAAAUGUUUGAAAAUCGAAUACAGGUUCAUCAUAGUGCGUAUCAGUUGAACGUAUUUUUAUAUAAGCGUUUAAAAUUCAAAUUUUCAUAAAUACUGAUCAAAGGACAUGGAAGUUAGAACCCGUCAUAAUUUUAUCUAAAACCUCUAUUUCCAAAAGACAUUUUUAUAAAUACUCCCCUGGAUGUGUGUGUCAUUGUUUAAAAUAACCUAGUACAAUUGUAUUUUUCGUGUGUUGAAUCGAAAGUUUAAAAAUUUGUUUAUUGUGUAGAUACAUUUUUCCGCGUUAAAAUACAUAUUAUAUUUAACUUUUUCGUUUUUUGGGACACAGCUGUUAAAUAACCAUAGAUAUUUAAUAAGGUGUAUAUUUUGGAUAAUUUAUGCAUUUAAGUGGUUUUGUCUUUCGAAAAAAAAAAAAAAAAAAAAAAAUGGAGCAAUAUUUCUAGUGGAAAACAAAAAAGCGUACAAAUUUAAAAUAAUGAAAUCGUAAAGCAAUCAAUUUGUCAGUUUUCAUUAUACGUCUUUUUCCCCGGUUUUUCGGAUUUAUUAUAAAUACUACCUAGAAAACCAAAAACAACUUACUUCACGAUCAACUAGAUCCAAAAGUCCAAAAAAAAUUUCUCGGUACUUUUCGGUUAAAGCAAUAUUUUUAGUAGAACAAGUUCGCGAACAUUUAAAAAAUUAAAAUUGGUACUGCUAAUAGAUUAUCGCCGUUGAGCACCGUAAAUAUUUACAGUUUACCUAUAAUUUUGUUUCCGGUUUGUCCAAUUAUUUUGAAAACCCUUUGGAAAAUCGAAUUUUAUUCAAAAGAAACAGGGGAAUAUGUACAAAAUAUAUUACUAAAAUUUACGAUUUUUUUUCCUGUGUACAACUUUUCUAACAAGAAUUUUGCUCCAACUUAUAAUGAUAGCAAUGUUUCUAAAAAUAAAUUUUACUGGGGAGGUACUUUAAGGAGGUCAUUUUUCGAUUUUCUUAAGAAUCUUCCUAGAAAAUGUGAAAACCCGAGAAAAACGGUACAGCAUUAAACAAAUAUUAUAAAGAAAAUAUAUAAAGCCUAUUUAAUUAUUUUACUAUAAAAUGAUAUGUGUAUAUUGUGGACAAAGCAUAAUUUUCAUAUGAACUCCGCUCAGAAUCGUUUUUUCGUAAGCAAUGGUUUAUCGUUGCUUACAGGUAUACAUUAAAUUAACUAUAACAGUGGCUUCACUAGUCCCCAUUAUCCUAGAACUUUUUUUAUGCAUAUUGUGUAUAUACCGAUAGAAAAAUAAUGCUAAAUAUUUAUAUUUAAUUAAUUUUUUUUUUUUUAUUCCAGAAUAUUUCUUCCCGACGUUUAAAACUAACGACAUACCAGAACAACUACUGCUACUAUUAUAUUUUAUUGGUACAUAUUUAAUCGAGGGCAUCAACUUCUAAACUAAGUACAAUGAUUCCAUUAUCGUCCUCCACGUCACAGAGAAAGUCGAGUGUGGCGGCCAAAAUGACAAGUGGCUCAGUCGGAAUAACUAAUGCUAACAGCCUCAUGGCCAAAGUCAAGGAAGGUUUGCGUGCAGUAGUUUCGGAUUCGAACGCCCGAAAUUUAAUGGGUUUCCUGGCCUUAAACUUUUUUUUCGCUUUCGUCGAACUCACUUAUGGUAUACUGACCAACAGCUUGGGCCUGAUAUCGGAUUCGUUUCACAUGUUCUUUGACUGUACCGGUUUAGUGGCCGGCCUGGCGGCACAGGUGGUUAGCCGAUGGCCAGCUGACGAUUCUUACGCGUACGGCUACAAGCGCGCCGAAGUUCUGGCCGGAUUCGUGAAUGCGCUGUUCUUGUUGUUCAUAGCGUUUUUCAUAUUGACAGAAGCAGUUGAACGUGCCAUUGAACCGCCCGAAGUGCAUCACGAUCGUUUGUUCGUAGUCAGCGUCCUAGGGCUACUCGUCAACCUUGUUGGCAUAUACGUAUUUCAGCAUGGUGGCCACGGACACAGUCAUGGUGGUUCUGGUGGUCACGGACAUAGUCACGGCGGUUCUGGUGGCCACGGGCACAGCCACGGUGGUUCUGGCGGUGGCGGUCACGAUCACAGCCAUCACAAUGACGGUCAUCAUCAUGGUACAGGAAUUGAAGACUCCUACAAUCGGCAUCAUCACGACCAUCAAGUGUCCAUUUCGAUAGGCGGAGGUAGUCAAAACAACACUAUGCCAUCGCAGACUGGCAACCAGAAUCAAAAUCACCUGAUGAAAGGUGUGCUACUGCACAUUUUGGCCGACACUUUGGGCAGUGUAGGAGUAGUAAUAUCUGCUCUUUUGAUGUGGGCCUUCGGCUGGAUGCGUGCUGAUCCAGUGUGCUCAAUAUUCAUCGCUGUCCUAGUUGCUGCCUCCGUUUGGGGUUUACUCCGAGAUUCCGCUCGUAUACUAAUGAUGCGCACGCCUGUCGAACUUGAUGAUGAGCGACGCGUACUAGACUCGUGUUAUGAACGGAUACGCCGAUUCCAUCCAGCCGUGCUGGGUAUCCAGGAACCUCGAUUCUGGACUUUGUGCGCGGAUUCUUAUGCGGGUAGCAUUAAGAUUGAGGUGAGAUCCGGGAAUGCAGGCCUCGGUAGUACUAGUGGUGUCGGUGGGAAUGAUUUCAGCACAUCGAUGGUAUCACAGUCACCGUCACCUUUGCCUUUCGGCACCCAAUUGAACCAACAACAAGACCAAAAUACUGCCAAAAUUGUGUAUGAUCGUGAUCAAUUUUCCAACCGUUUGGUGAGGUACGCGCAACAAGUGUUCGGAGCUGUAGGAGUCCGACAAAUCUAUGUGCAGAUCGACUAUACUACAGAUGAUACAAUUGGAAGCAUAAGUCUACUAAAUCACGAUCCACAUCACCAUCAACAUAACAUCAAUGAUAACCAACGGCAAAGCAACUAUGUUCAGCAACAGCAGCAGCAACAACAAUUUCAGACAUACAGCCAACACAAUAUGCAACAACAGCAACCACAGUACACCAAUCCACUUCUUAUGAUGUAAUAUCAAUGUCAUUAGAGUUUUAAAAAAGUGGUAGGUCAGAAGACCAAAAACCAACAAGCAUAUACAAAUGGCCAGCAGCUACCCACAAUGACUCAAACAAACAGCUCAUAUUGUAUUUUUUUAUUAAAAUUAUUAUUAUAAUUAUUAUGCAUUCCGUUAUUACAAAUAUUUAUCUAUUUCUUGUUGCAUGGAUUAAUGUCAAAAAAAAAAAAAAUGUAUAUAUAUAUAUAUAUAAUAUGUAGUUUUACAAUAAUUAUUGAUUUUACAUAUGAUGUUUUGAAUUAUUCAAAAUAGUUUUAUUUUAUUUUUUUGAUAUUGACCCUACUUGCAUUAUUUGUAAAAUAUAUAUUAUAUAUUAAUAAAUUAAAAAUAAAAAUAUUGUUUAUUUGUAAAUGCAUAAUAAAAGAG